AUGAGCUCAAGGUGCCUCAACGACGACUCGCUCGGACCCGGCGUCCAGGGAUGCCGCGGCGACUUCGACUUCACCCUCCGAUUUGAGAGGAUCUUUUUGGCCAUCAUUCCUGCGGCGGUCUUUGCUGCUCUUUCACUACCCCGCAUCGCUUUCCUCUCCCGAAAACCACGAAUCGUCGGCGCCCCAACCGUUCAGACAAUCAAGCUGCCGGUGGAUAUUGACGUUCAAGUUGUCAAGGCCAUAGUCACAGUAUACGCCACGCUCCAGUUCGCGCUGCUCAUUCUCCAAACCACUUCCAAUGGCUCGCGAAUUGAUGGGUUCGCUGUGGGGGCGUCUGCCCUCAACCUUCUCGCCGCUCUCUUCAUGAUUGGAUUGUCCUAUGCCGAGCACUCAAGGGCACUCAGACCCUCCAUGCUCUUGACGGGCUAUGUCUUCUUCCAGAUCUUGUUUGAUGCUGCCCAAACCAGAACAUCUUGGUUAAUGGCGCGAACCUUUUCGACCCAAUUGUUCGCUAGGCUCUUUACGGCCUCGCUGGCUGUCAAAAUUGUCAUCCUUCUUGUCGAGGCCCAGAGGAAGGCAAAAUGGAUUCGCUGGACCGCGGAAGAACACAGCCCGGAGGAGACGAGCGGCCUCUUCAGCUUGGGCGUCUACUACUGGCUUAACCGACUCUUUCUCCAUGGCUACCGCAACGUGCUCACCAUCAAGGACCUGUAUGCGCUCGACCGGGGCAUGAUAUCGGAAACGAUGCAAGUCGCACUGGCUCAAGAGCUCGACAAGGGAAUUUAUCUCGGCAAGAAGCAUGGGCUCGCGAGAGCUCUCGCCAAGGCCCUCGCUGUUCCGUUGCUGCUGCCUGUAGCUCCGCGAAUCGCACUCAUUGGGUUCAACUACAGCCAGCCCUUCUUCAUCCAAGCCCUGCUCCAUUAUCUACAAGAUACCGACGCGCCGAAGAACGUGGGGUAUGGCCUGAUCGGUGCCUCCGUCAUGAUCUACACCGGCAUCGCUAUAUCCACCGCCCUCUACUACUAUUUCCAGCAGCGAGCUCUAUACAUGUCGCGAGGCUGCCUGUCAGCAAUCAUUUACAAGAAGACCACUGAAGCUUCGCUCGUAGGGGCUGGAGACGCAGCCGCGGUGACGCUCAUGAGCACCGACACGGAGCGUAUCAUUCGCGGAUUCUACAGCUUGCACGAGUUCUGGGCCAACAUCAUCGAAAUUGCGCUUGGUUGUUGGCUGCUGGAAAGCCAGCUAGGAGUGGCUUUCGUCGCCCCCAUCGUCGUGAUCCUCGUGUGCACCGGCAUCACCGCCGCGGCCGCAAAGCUGACGGGCGAGCGGCAGUCUCGUUGGAUGGCACAGAUCCAGAAGCGCGUGGGCCUCACCGCGAAUGUCAUCUCCAACAUGAAGUACCUACGCAUUUCCGGUAUUACGGGCCCCGUAGCCGACUUCGUGCAGAAAAUGAGGGUCGAAGAGAUGCGCAUCGGAAACCAGUUCCGUUGGCUCAUCAUCGUCACAGCGAUCGCAGCCUUGGCCCCGAAUAUCGUUUCCCCGGCAGUCACUUUUGUCUUUGCGCAGUCCCGCCUCGACACCACAACCAUCUUCACGGCGUUUUCGUUCUUGGUCCUUCUCAACAACCCUUUAGGUCUGCUCUUCCAGUCAGUCCCGAACAUGAUUGCCGGCUUCACUUGCCUGGGGCGGAUCCAGAAGUUUCUUGAAGUGGAAUCACGCGUCGACUAUCGGCAGUCUGCCCACCCUUCGGGGUGGAAUGAUGGACAAUCAGAGGGCAGCGCAUACAAGGACAGCAUGGAAGGGAUCCCUCUUCAACUACUCGACAAGUCCACGCUGCAAAGCUCGGAGAGCAGUCCGCCAAUCCCUGCCAUUACCAUUGUGGACGGUAGCUUUGGCUGGACGGCAGACAAGAUGGUGCUCCAGAACAUCACGGCAUCUGUUCCGGCAUCUCAGCUGACCCUCGUUGUUGGCCCUGUGGCAUCGGGUAAGUCUACUCUUUGCAAGGCCCUGCUCGGCGAGGUUCCGUUCAACAAUGGCCUCGUGUCAGUCCCCUCGCGCAACGCUGCCAUUGGGUACUGCGAACAGAAUCCCUUUCUCUCCAAUGGCUCCAUCAAGGACAACAUCGUCGGGUAUUCCACCUUCAACCAGGCACGAUACGACGAGAUUAUCGAAGGGUGCAUGCUUUCCACGGACCUGCUUCUUUUGCCGUACGGCGAUGACACCAAGAUUGGAAGCAACGGUAUCAUGCUCAGCGGCGGCCAGAAGCAGCGCGUCUCCCUUGCUCGCGCUCUGUACCUCACCAGCGACCUCUUGAUUUUUGACGACAUCCUGAGUGGCCUUGACAACGAUACCGCAGCCGAAGUUUUCCGGAGGGUGUUUGGACUCGACGGCAUCAUUCGCCGGCGCAAGGCAACGGCUGUCUUGUGCACACACGCAAUCAAAUACCUUCCCCUGGCGGACCACAUCAUCGCCCUCGGAACAGGUGGUACUCUGGUCGAGGAAGGAACCUUCAGCGACCUGAUGCGAGACAAGAAAUACGUUGCCAGCCUUGGUGUUACAGCAGCAGACUCUGACACGGAUUCGGAUGCGGGCAGCCAAUCGAACAGCAAACCUAGGCCGUCUUCGGGUCUGGGCUCGAGACCAAAGCGUGCCCCUGCCGUUGCCGACGAGAUGAUGGAGAAGUCGAGGCAGACUGGAGAUUUGAAGGUCUACAAGCACUAUUUUCGCAGCUUGAAUGUGACGUCGACCGUCAUCUUUGUGCUCUUCUCUGCUUCGUAUGCCAUCUGGCACAACUUUCCGACGAUCUGGAUGAAGUAUUGGGCCGAGGACACGCUUGGCAAGAGUAGCCAGUAUUACGUCGGGCUCUUCGGGUUCUUCAAAGCCCUGCAACUAAUCUCUCUCUUCAUCGCUGGCGUCGCCUUAAUCAUCUAUAUGACCACCUCCUCUGGCACUCAGCUUCACCAACAAGCUCUGCAGACCGUCAUCAACGCGCCGCUCACGUUCUUCACAACUACCGACGCAGGAGUCAUCACGAACCUCUUCUCUCAAGACAUGACGCUGAUCGAUAAUGAGCUGCCCUUGUCGCUACUGAACACCGUCAUUGAUGGGUUCGAUUCGAUUGCCAUGGGGGCCGUCAUUGCUGUUGCAUCGCCUUACAUGGCCAUCAGCUACCCCUUCUUGAUCGCCUUCUGCUGGAUCAUUCAGAAGUUCUACCUCCGGACCUCUCGACAGUUGAGACUGCUCGACCUAGAGUCCAAGAGCCCUCUCUACACGCACUUCCUCGACACCAUCAAAGGCGUCGCAACUAUGCGCGCUUUCGGCUGGACGAGUAAAGACAUAGCGUUCAACCAGGAACUGCUCGACACCUCCCAGCGGCCGGCGUAUCUGCUCGCUAUGAUCCAGCAGUGGCUCGUCGUAACAAUGCAGCUCAUGGUCGCCAGCAUCGCCGUCAUCCUCGUUGCCCUAGCCAUCACGCUCAGGGCCAACUCGGGGUUCACCGGAGCCUCGCUAGUCACCCUCAUGUCGUGGGGCGAGAGCAUAGCCAUGCUCAUCCGGUUCUACACCCAGCUCGAGACAUCCAUCGGCGCCGUGGCGCGUAUCAAGACAUUUUCCGAAAAGGUGACGCCGGAAAACCUCGAAGGAGAGGAUAUUGAGCCGUCGGAAGAGUGGCCCGAAUACGGCCAUAUUGACAUCAAAGGAGUAUCGGCCUCGUACGGCAACGAACAGCAAGUGUCUUCAGACGGCGAGCGGACGCCUCCAAGCCUCGCGCUUAAGGACCUUACCUUUUCUAUCCAGCCCGGCCAGAAGGUUGCACUCUGCGGUAGAACCGGAAGCGGCAAAUCGUCCCUUAUCCUCCUUCUUCUUCGUCUUCUGGACCCCAUCUCGAUCUGCUCGCAGAACAUGGAGCUGGACGGCGUCCCCUUCCACCGCAUUGACCGAUCGACCCUCCGCCGGCGCAUCAUAGCUGUGCCCCAGGACGCCGUCUUCCUACCGGAUGGCAGUACGAUCAAGUCGAACCUUGACCCCUUCGAAUCGGCGUCGGACGCCGACUGCCUCUCGGUGCUGCGGACGGUGCAGCUCACCGGGUUCGUCGAGGAGCGCGGCGGGCUGCAUGAAGGCAUGAGCGCCGACAGUCUCAGUGCCGGGCAGAAACAGCUCUUCAGCCUGGGGCGGGCUAUCCUACGUCGGCGGGCCAAGGACGCAAUGUAUAAGAGGCGCGGCGGCGGGGUGCUGCUGCUCGAUGAGGUGAGCUCGAGCGUAGACCACGCAACGGACCGGUUGAUGCAAGAGAUCAUAAAGGAGGAGUUUGGUAGAUAUACGAUCGUCAUGGUGUCGCACCGGCUGGACAUGGUCAUGGACUUUUUCGACUCCGUCAUCGUCAUGGACCAGGGCCGUGUUGUCGAGACGGGCAGCCCGGGCGAGCUGGUCGAGAGGGAGGGCAGCCGGUUCGGCGAGCUCUGGGCGAUUGAGAACCAAGGCAGGUCGCGGGAGACGUAG